UUACAUUCAGCCCUCAUAAUACUUACGAGGUCCCACAUAUUCUUCACAGACCGGUAUUUGUUCCUCACAUCAGCACAGGAAUACGCCCACACCUCACGGACCUGCACACAGUCCCAAAUGGCAUGGACCUCAUCUUCAUUCAAACAUCCACACUGAUCACACACGGAGGAAUCUACCACUUUCCUUUUUUUCAGAUUUUCCUUUGUUGGGAGCGCUCUUGAACAAGCCCGCCAAGUGAACACCUUCACCUUGUUAGGAACCUUCAAAUGCCAGAUGAAUUUCCAAAAACCUCUUACCCCAUCAGAGUCGGAGCUAGAAGGCAGUGAGCUCAUUUCCUUUUCGCACAGCAGCUGGUACCCUGUUUUGACUGAGUAUGACCCCGACCUGCACCUUGGCCAUGAUAAGCAGUCAUCUUGGUCUGUAACACACAAAGGAAUGCUCUUAAUUCUUUGAGCUUCAAAGGGCAGAAAGAGGUCAUCCACAAGCUGCUCAUUCCAACCUCCUCCCUCUGGCAAUUUCGGCAACUCCAUUGCCGAAAUUUAGUCUUUCUUCUCGUUUUGUCAAAUAACUUUGAAUGAUACCUCUAAUAACAAUAAGCUCCCUUUUUUGCAAUUUUUAGCCAAAAGAAUCCUCAGUCCUCUCUCACUGUUCUCUUUCCUUUCCUUUUCACCAUUCUACCUCCAUCUCAUGCCUCUUUCACCUUUCAACCUCCAUCAAAUUGGGCUACGGAGGAAGUGUUCAGAUCCAGUCAAUAGUGCCGAUACAACUGCGUGAUAUCCAACCAAAACGUAGAAGAAAGUCUAAAAGUCUAUUUGGAAGUCCUCUUUCUCUCAUCUCAUGGCCUCCAUAUUUACUGUUUUCAUUCUACUGUCUAUGUUCUUUGCAUGUGGAAGAGCUGAAGAGAAGCAAUUUAGCCAUAUACAACUGGGCUCUGCACUUCAUCCCGAAACUCCCCCCAUGUCAUGGCGUUCCCCUUCUGGCCAUUUUGAAUUUGGAUUCUAUCAGCAAGGCAAUGGUUUUAUGGUUGGUAUCUGGUUGGUGGGUGUGGGUAUAAACAAUAUAACAGUUGUGUGGACAGCCAGCCGUGAUGAUCCUCCGGUCACCAGAAACGCAACACUGAAUUUAACAAAGGAUGGACUUGUUUUGAUAACUGAGCAAGGAUGGGAGAAGCUUAUCAGUGCUAGGACGUCAGACUCUGCUUAUUUUGCUGCCAACAUGCUUGAUUCUGGCAAUUUUGUUCUCUACAACAAAAGUUAUUCCAUCAUUUGGGAGACUUUCAGCUAUCCUACAGACACUAUUUUAGGAGGUCAGUUUCUGUCCUCUGGUGGCCAAUUAUUCUCUAAUUUAUCGGAGACCAACCAGUCCACUGGAUGGUAUCGUCUGAAGAUGCAGUACGAUGGAAAUCUUGUUCUAUACCCGGUAAACACUGUAGACGAUUAUAGUGAUGCUUACUGGAGCUCUGACACUUACAAAAAUGGCGUAGUGUAUUAUCGCCUUUAUCUCAAUGAUACAGGCCUUCUACAAAUCAUCAAUAGCACUAGAAACAGUGUUAAAGAUUUGUAUUCAUCAUCGGCCAGCAAUAACAUCAACACCAUUUAUCGUGCAACUCUAGAAAUUAAUGGAUUUUUCCGGCUGUAUUCACACACCUAUGACGAGACUGGCACACUCAAUUCAUCAGUAAUUAAGUGGUCUGCAUUGGAUGAUCUUUGUAAAGUGAAAGGAUUUUGUGGCUUCAACAGCUAUUGCACACUCAAUGAUGGCAAACCGUACUGUCUUUGUCUUCCUGGAACCGAUUUUAUUGAUGCGAAUCAUAAAUCUCUCGGCUGUGAGAGUGACUUUUUAGAAGUAGGGUGCAAAGAUGGAAGAGAAGAUGUUGCAUCUUAUAACAUUAAUACCACAGAAAAUAUGAUUUGGGAAGAUAUUCCUUACAUGGAUGUACCCAUGUCCACGAAGGAAGAAUGCGGCAAUUCUUGCUUGGAAGACUGCAACUGUGGGGCAGCGUUGUUCAUUUAUUCGCAGUGCCAUAAGCAAAAGCUUCCACUGAGAUAUGUUAGAAGGGAUUCAGACAAGCAAACCACAGCUUUCUUCAAGGUAGGCUUAAGAAGCAUUAAAAGUUGGAAUGAAAGUGAUCACAUCCCACCCGUCCACGUUUUCACAAGUAAAAAGGUUCUAGUACAAGUUCUUGUUUUAAUUUUAGGUUUUACUGCGUUCUCAUUUCUGGCCCUUGGAAUCUCUGGCCUUUUCAUGUUCAAAAUUCGAGUUCUAAGGUAUAAAAGACUGAAAGAGAGUGAAACACUGGGCAUGACUUUAAAUAUUUUUUCAUAUGAUGAGCUCAAAAGUGCAACAAAUGGCUUCAAAGAUGAGUUGGGUAAGGGUUCUUUCGGAACAGUUUACAAAGGUAAUUUAUACAAAGGUAAAAAAUUUGUUGCAGUGAAGAAGCUAGAGAAAUUGGUGGAAGAAGGUGAAAGGGAGUUUCGUGCAGAGAUGCAAGCAAUAGGGAGAACUCACCACAAAAAUUUGGUUCGAUUGCUGGGUUAUUGUGCUGAGGGUUCUAAGAGGCUUCUUGUCUAUGAAUAUAUCAGCAAUGGCUCCCUUGCCAAUAUUCUUUUUAAAGGUGUAAGGCGUCCAGACUGGGAUGAAAGAGUAAGAAUAACAUUGGAUGUUGCAAGAGGAAUUCUCUAUCUACAUGAAGAGUGCAAGACCCCUAUUAUUCAUUGUGAUAUAAAGCCCUCAAACAUUUUGAUGGAUGAAUUUUGGACUGCUAAAAUCUCUGAUUUUGGUUUGGCGAAGUUGUUAAUGCCGGAUCAAACAAGGACCUUCACGAUGGUUAGAGGGACUAGGGGGUAUAUGGCACUUGAGUGGCAAAAGAACACCCCGAUAUCAGUGAAGGCAGAUAUUUACAGUUAUGGAAUAGUGCUUUUGGAGAUUAUAUGUUGCAGAAAAAACAUGGAUGUUAACGUAUCAAAGCCCGAAGAGAUUGUUCUUUCAACUUGGGUAUAUAAUUGCUUUGUUGCUAGAGAAUUGGAUAGGAUUGUGGGUAAUGAAGAAGUAGAUAAGAGAACCCUGGAGAAUAUGGUUAAGGUGGCAUUGUGGUGCAUUCAAGACGAACCGAUUCUUCGUCCUUCCAUGAAAAGUGUUGUAUUGAUGUUAGAAGGGAUUACUGAUGUAGCUGUUCCUCCAUGUCCAAAUAGUGCCUCCACAUAAACUUUCUCCUCUCUAAGGGAAGUUUUAUUUUUGUUUUAUGUAGUUUUUGUAUUGUUUUAUGUAUUUUUUUGCUUUUCUAUUCAUAUGAGGGACUCAUAUGAUCGUAAGUGCAGCUGCUAGUUUUCUUAAUAGUCAAUAAUAAACUGUUUUCUGAGGUGGAGACUGUAAAGCAUUACUGGAAGCAACAGUUCGUGGUUAGGUGUGCUAUAUUUUGCUUUGAUA